UCGCAGUCGCUCCAUCCUCCGCCGCAGGGAGGGUCAGGCCCGAACUUCGGGUCCUGGCUCGGCUGCGGAGUCCUGAUCGUCGCCGUCGGAGACCCGGUGCCGCCGGAAGGAAGCGCCCUCGCUGCAGGCUGGUGGGGGAGGGGCGCGGGCGCAGGGCUCGCUCGGGGCUGGCCCGGGACGGCGGCUCUCCCGGUCUCUCCGCUCAGGAUCCUUGGCCGGGGCUGCGGCGGCUCUCCCCUCCGCCGCCGAGGAGCGCGUGUGCAGCAGUUGUCUUCAGAUACAAACGAAAACACAGAGAGGUCAAAUGAAGAGCCUCUUCUAAGAAAGAGUUCCCGCCGGUUUGUUAUCUUUCCGAUCCAGUACCCUGAUAUUUGGAAGAUGUAUAAACAAGCACAGGCGUCUUUCUGGACCGCAGAAGAGGUUGACUUGUCAAAGGACCUCCCGCACUGGAACAAGCUUAAGUCGGAUGAGAAGUAUUUUAUCUCCCACAUCUUAGCCUUUUUUGCAGCCAGUGAUGGAAUUGUCAAUGAAAACUUGGUGGAACGGUUCAGUCAGGAGGUGCAGGUUCCAGAGGCUCGCUGUUUCUAUGGUUUUCAAAUUCUCAUCGAGAACGUCCACUCAGAGAUGUACAGUUUACUAAUAGACACUUACAUCCGGGAUCCAAAGAAAAGGGAAUUUUUGUUUAAUGCAAUUGAAACAAUGCCGUAUGUUAAGAAGAAGGCAGACUGGGCUCUGCGCUGGAUAGCCGACAGAGAGUCAACGUUUGGGGAAAGAGUGGUGGCCUUUGCUGCCGUGGAAGGUGUUUUCUUCUCUGGGUCAUUUGCUGCUAUCUUCUGGCUGAAGAAGAGAGGCCUCAUGCCCGGACUCACUUUCUCAAAUGAACUCAUCAGCAGGGAUGAAGGGCUUCACUGUGACUUUGCUUGCCUGAUGUUUCAGUAUUUGGUAAAUAAGCCUUCAGAAGAAAGGGUCAGGGAGAUCAUUGUCGAUGCCGUUAAAAUUGAGCAGGAGUUUUUGACAGAAGCCUUGCCUGUCGGUCUCAUCGGAAUGAACUGUGUUUUGAUGAAACAGUAUAUUGAGUUUGUAGCUGACAGAUUGCUUGUGGAACUUGGCUUCUCUAAGGUUUUCCAGGCAGAAAAUCCCUUUGAUUUUAUGGAAAACAUUUCGUUGGAAGGGAAAACGAAUUUCUUUGAGAAGCGAGUUUCUGAGUACCAGCGGUUCGCAGUCAUGGCAGAAACCACAGACAAUGUCUUCACUUUGGAUGCAGACUUUUAAAUCUCUCCCCAUUUAAAAAUACCACAGAAGCCAGAUAUGGUGGCACAUGCCUUUAAUCCCAGCACUCAAUGGAGGCCAAGGCAGGUGGAGUUUGGGGACUGUCAGAGCUACGUAUAGAGAUCUGUCUCAAAAACCCAAAUAACAGCAGCAAGAGCAAACUAACAAACAAAACAUUGUUGGUAAAAUAGCAAUUUAUUUUUCUGUCCUUUUGAAAUGUUGAGUAUUUCCUUUAAGGAAAUGAGAGUUUGAAUAGAAGGAAAUCAAGAACUAAAUUAUAAGCCGUUGAUUUAUCGAAAUGCACUUCAGUUUAUUUAUACAGUGAGAGGGCGUGGCUUUUUCUUUAUUCAUUAACACAUAAGAUGGCAUUAAGAGCCUGGAUUGAGGAGUCAUAUAUGAGUUUGAAUCCUGCCCUUACUCCUUUGUGUGCCCUUGGCAGGUCAGUCAGUCACUGUAAACUUCAGGGCAAUGAUCUGUAAACUUGUAUGAUAGUAAGUCCCAAGUUCUUGGAGGUCACAGAAGAACAGAUACACAAAGAUAAGUUUCCCUCCACUACCUCGACAACCAGUUAACACCAACGGCACGACUGGUUGCAGUAACACUGAGAUGCAGUGCACUCCUCUCCAAAGUGACUGUGAUUCUAGGUUAGAUGGAGCUCUAGAGUUCAUUAGGGUCUAAUGAUUGCAGGAAGAAUAUAAGAAUAUGAAGCCUUGAGAGGUCAUGAUUCUCAUCAGCCCCUUUGCUUUCUCAAUCUGCAGUAAAGAAUGUAGCUCAUAACUGUUUAGGGCGGAAGGCUUGUGGAACAGAGUCCAGACAUUGUCAUGGUUGUGGGCCUUAGAAGAAAAGCGAUUCUCCUUCAGGAAUUAAAAAGCCAACUGCUGCCAGGUGCAGCCCUGGAAUGUUUAGAACCAGGAUAGAUGGGCACUUCCCAAAGUCAUAUUCUCAGAGCUGGUAGAUCUUGCGAUGUUUUGUGAUAGACUUCAUCUGUUUGUCUUCAUACUUUAAAUCUCUCUACAAUGUUAUGAAUGUUCUUUAGUGGGACUGUGUAUGCUACACAGCUAGAUGAUAAGGGAGAGGGAAAGGCCAGGAGCCAGGCUGCCUGGGCAGUGUGCCCUCUUCAUUUUCAGGAAGCACCAAGAGGAAGCCUGAGCCCCAUCAAACCCCGGUUCCUACUCAGUGAAGUGCCUGCUGCCCAAACAUGAGGGCCCAAGUCCAGAUCCCCGGCAACUCCAUAGAAACCAUAGCAGCACAUGCUCACACGCCACACACUUGUACGUGCACACACACAGUGCACACACAGAGUGCACACACACAAUGCACGCACAGAGUGCACACACAUGGAGUACAAACAAAGUUCUGGAAACUGAAAUUCAGAGAUUUCUCUCUAUGUAAGUUUUGUUCCAUGUGUUCUCUACUGAUUGAUCAAACUAGGAACUCGAAAUGAACGCGAGAGAGGCGGCAUAGUUCCACUGUUAGAUGAAGUGUUUGAGUUACAGUCAGAUUGGUUUUCUUGCUGUGUGCUUCCCACUGGUCAUGUGGUCACCUGAUGCCCUUCUAAGCCUGCCAACACCUGUUAAUAAAACAUGGCGAGAGGGGUGAGGGUCGGAGAAGCUGAAAAACAUAGCCAUGAUUCCAGCCACUGUCCUUUUAUGUGAGAUUCUGGGGCUGUCACAUCCUUUAAAUUUCGUCCAUUGUGAUUUGUUUUACCUGUUCCUUUGUUAAAGUAUUGCAUACUACCAUAGCAUUGCUGUUUACGGUACUUUAGAAUAUCAGAGAAUCAAAGAGCUUGGAGUGUUUGGGUAGUGUGUCUCAAGAUACUUACCUACUGCCAUACAAAACCAUGUAAAGCUGUAAUCAUCUCAGACUGAAAGACGACAGUUCAACCGUGUAUGGCGCCGAAGUUUAAGUCUAGAUCUUCCGCGUGAGUCGUGCCAGUGCCUUCGUGUGAUGCCUGUUCACAGCAGCAAUAAGCAAAGCUGUGUUUGGAAGAAGUCUUUUUUUUUUUUUUUUUUUUGGUUUUUCGAAACAGGGUUUCUCUGUGGCUUUCGAGCCUGUCCUGGAACUAGCUCUGUAGACCAGGCUGGCCUCAAACUCACAGAGAUCCGCCUGCCUCUGCCUCCCGAGUGCUGGGAUUAAAGGCGUGCGCCACCAUCACCGGGCUAGAAGAAGUCUUAAUAUCGAAAAACUGAAUUUUAAUACACGGUAAUGUUGCUCCAUUCAGUAUUCUGCACCCAUCUGUCCCCCAAGUUGCACAUUUAUUUAUUACGCCUAUUUUGGUCCAUAGAUACGGAAGAAUCAUGAAGUUACAGGAUGUAUCAUGUAUCAUAGGUAAAGAAAGCUUAAGUUUAUGGCUCUUCUCUUUUUUCCAGCACAUGUGUUUCAAAGAAAUUCAGUUUAUCAUAGUAUCAUAAACAACUUUGUCAUAACAAUAGUUCUACUGCAUGCUUCAGCACGUAGGCGCAUGGUGUGGAGCAGCUUUGGACCAGUUUAUUUCCAGUGCUUUCUGCAGGACUGAAUUUCAGUAAUAAACACUUACUUUGUGAUGUAAUCCACUCCCAGCCACACCGCUAUUUGAAGAUGUUACAGUGUUUCAUUUUAAAAUAUCCAGAUUCUACUUCUGUCACCACUUUAUUAUGUUUUGUUUUCCUUCUUUUAGUUGGAGUUCAUCACGCAGUCUGGCCUGGAUUGCACUCUUGAGCCUCCUGCUCCAUCCUCCCAAAUAGGCAUUAUAGGCUGUGUGCCACCAUGCCCAGAUACAACUUUAUUUUUUGUGCAUAAACAAGAUGUGCAUGUUCAAAAAUAAUUUAAUAUUCAGAUUAUGUAUUUUAUAUUUAAAUAUAUUUAUGUCAUUCUCAUAGACUCUCCAGAUUUACUUUUCACAACUAAGCUAAGAGCUCGAUGUCAUAUCAGUGAUAAAGAAACUUUUGGUGGGCUGCACUAAAGGCAAAUUAGCUCUGAGAUCAAGUGUCACGUUUUGAACUAAUUGAGAGUUGGAAGCCAGCUCAGGCAGAACGUGGGGUGCAGUACUCAGAAGUGAGAUUGUAAUUCUCGUCCCUUCCUUAAGUGAUCUGCUCUUUGUAAACUGCCCUGGGUCUGCAGGAGAAUCUGAUAUUCCUGAAGGCCUAGUAGGAGAAGUCGCUCUUCAAAUUUGUGACUUAAUUAUGUGUAAGAAAACAUGUAAACCAGGAAGACCAGAGGAUGGGCAUUUUUAUUUUUGGUAAAGAAAAGUAAGUUCACAAUAUUUUAAACAUGUAUUUAACUAUUUUACAACUUUGUUUUGACUUUUCUAAGUGUAUGAUCAUGGUGUUCCUAAAUAUAUUUUGUUAAAAUACAUUAUGGUCAAUCAAACCGA